AGACGAAGUGAGGCCAAAAAGCCUGGAGAGCCCAGGCCGAGUCUGAGAACAAACGCAGAAAACGGUCUGAACUCCGCUUUCAGCCCUAGAUUCCUGGUGGGCUUUGUGGGGUUUCUCUGGUACCCAGGGUGCCUGGUUGCUAGGAGACCAUGCUUAAGAAGACUUGCCCACUACCAAUAUGGCAAAGUAUCGCGCUUCAAACCUGAAACCAAGCCCUUCCUGGGGGACCAUUUUGAAGUCUGGCAAGCUCACGAUUCCAGACCGAAGCUAGAAGAUGCAGUCACGGAGUAGCAGGAGAGACGCAAACAGAGAAAGCCAGAUAGGGCACGGCGGGGAAAGUAGCCUGCGCUUGUCACUAUCGAGACUCUCAGAGAGGGGGCAGCUACCUCUGCCCUUAACAAAAAUGGCCAUCGAGGGAGGGCGUCUCAUUGCGCCGUGAGUUAUGGCGGCGCUUCCGGUCCCGUUGCCCCCAGCAAAGAUGGCGGCAGUGGAGAAACGGCGGCCAGCUGUAGCACCAGCGGCCAAUUUCCCGGACAGUGGCCGGACGUCGGUGUCUCAGGCGGUGGUGGCGGCUGAGAGCGAGGAGGACUUCCUACGGCAGAUUGGCGUGACGGAGAUGCUGCGCGCAGCCCUCCUAAAGGUGCUGGAGACCAGGCCCGAGGAGCCCAUCGCCUUCUUGGCGCACUACUUCGAGAACAUGGGUCUGCGCUCGCCGGCCAACGGAGGCGCCGGGGAGCCCCCGGGCCAGCUCCUCCUGCAGCAACAGCGCCUGGGCCGCGCGCUGUGGCACCUUCGCCUGGCUCACCACUCGCAGAGGACCGCCUUCAACAACAAUGUGAGUGUGGCCUACGAGUGCCUGAGUGCCAGCGGCCGCAAGAAAAAACCAGGGCUGGACGGGCGCACAUACAGCGAGCUGCUGAAGCGAGUUUGCAGGGACGGCGGGGCGCCUGAGGAGGUGGUGGCACCGCUGCUUCGCAAGAUCCAGUGCCGGGACCAUGAGGCUGUGCCUCUGGGCAUCUUCCGAACCGGCAUGCUCUCCUGCUUCGUGCUGCUGGAAUUCGUGGCACGCGCCGGCGCUCUCUUCCAGCUGCUGGAGGACCCUGGCCUAGCGGUGGCCGAUCGGCGUGUGGGCCAGGCUGUGCUGGACACGCUGGAGGGCGCGCUGAGCGCAGGAGACAUGACAACGGCGCCCACACACUACCUGGAGGCCGGUUCCCGCCUGGGCCCGGACAGCCUGGCACGUGCCCUGGACAGGGCAGCAAGCGGGCGGCGACCCAGUGCGCCCAUGGCCCGCGAGGAGUUCCUGGAGAAGGCUGCAGCCCUCUUCAUCGCCAAGGUCAAGCCAGUGGGCUAAGCCCACAAUGCACCCUCACCCCGCCACCUACCCAGGACUUGGGACCCGCAAACUGGUGUCCUGGCAUUCUGCACAGGGUCAUCACCCAGGAAGGAGGACCCGCUUGGACACUGCAGGACCAGCACCUGCAGCUCAAUCCCCUCUGUACUGGCCUGCCUACCCCACUCACAGAAAUAAAAUCUAAAAAGACCUGG